AUGCAUGGAAAUAAUAAGUCGUUUUCUAUCGAAUAUUUGAUAGCUGGAAAAUCUUCACCACCAUCAUCACCAAUUCCACUCGUCUCAUCAUCAUCAUCAUCAUCACGUUUCUUUUUUUUACAUUCACAAUUAUUUAAAACAAAUAAUGAUGAACAUAUUGAAAAGAAAUCUAAAACAAUAAUUAAUUCACCAGCAUCUCAAACAUCAUCAACAACAUUUCAACAGAUACCAUUUGAAUUAAAACGUAUGCGUACAGCAUUUACUAGUAUACAAUUACUUGAAUUAGAACGAGAAUUUGCAUCAAGUAUGUAUUUAUCACGUUUACGUCGAAUUGAAAUUGCUGCAUGUCUUGGUUUAACUGAAAAACAAGUUAAAAUUUGGUUUCAAAAUCGUCGUGUAAAAUUUAAAAAAGAAGGAACAAUAACUACUUGUGAUAAGAAAAAUUCAGUGAAAGUAUUACGAACAUGUCAUACAAAUCAACAUAAACGAUCAAAUGAACUUUGUAAUGAUAGUCAAUAA